AUGUCAGGACAAGGCAUUUCGGGACCAGGCAUGUCCGGUUACUCGUACGGGAGUCAGCCGUACCAGGUUCCGUUCACGCACAUGAGACCGGCAUUUGCGGCGCCCGAUGCGUACCACCAGUUUCAGGACCCGGGGGUGUACCAGGGAGGAGGGUACGCGGCGGGCCAGUACGGAAGGCAAGGGGAGGAGGAGUACCUGGUCGCGAAAUUCUCCAAUGCGCCCGGGAUGGCUCCCACUGUGCUCUCUGGCCAGACAACGGGGGAGCCGUGGCCGAGGUUCAACAACGGAGAGGACCUGCUCACAGCACGAGGUCGCAAGAUGGCGAGAGGAAAAGGUGCCGCGUGGGAGCAUGGGGAAGCGGGCAUGGGGCUCAACUCGCCAGCAGGACCCAUGGGACAGCCACAGCAGCAGUCAGCAUGCCGCUACGACAACUCCCUUGGGCUUCUAACGAAGAAGUUUAUUGACCUAAUAAAGGGGUCAGAUGACGGCACAUUAGACCUGAACACUGCAGCAUCAACCCUCCAGGUCCAGAAGCGGCGAAUAUACGACAUCACGAAUGUUUUGGAAGGCAUUGGGUUGAUUGAGAAGAAAGGGAAGAACAACAUUCAGUGGAAAGGCUUGGAGUGUGAUUCGACCAUCAAAGAAGACUCACAAAUUCUACAGGCGGAGUUGAAUCGGCUAAGGGAGGAGGAGUUGAGUCUAGACAAUGGCAUCAAGGACAUGAGGGAACGGUUACGGUUGUUGAAUGAGGACGACAAGAGAAAACAAUGGAUGUUUGUGACAGAAGAGGAUAUCAAGAACCUGCCUUGCUUUCAGAACGAAACCCUAAUUGCCAUCAGAGCCCCACACGGCACCAUGCUCGAAGUACCAGACCCCGAAGAGGGCUUUGCACAGCGCAAGUACCAGAUACUGCUGAAGAGCACCAGUGGGCCUAUUGACGUCUACCUGGUCAGCCGGUUUGAGGAGAAGUACGAAGGAGCAGCGCCAUCCCAGGCAGGCCAGCCGGAUCAGCAGCAGCAGCAGCAGGGGCAGCCGCAGCAGGGGCAGCAAUCCCUGUACUCUCAGACACCCAACCAAUCAUUCGCCUCUCCUGCUGUUCUGGAUACUCCAGGAGGAGUAGUUGGAGGAGGAGGAGCAGGAGGAGGAGGAGCAGGAGGAGCAGGGGCAGGGGCGGGGGCGGGGGCAGGGAAUACCCCUGGGGGAGGGGCGGCGGGGGCAGGGGGAGAAGGGGGGCCAGCAGGGGCGGGGGCGGGGCGAGCGGGGGAAGCACAGUCAGGCAUCGUGCGGCUCACCCCUGCCGAGUCACAUGACUACUGGUUGCUGCCGGAUCAGCAGCUGGGUCUCACAGACAUGUGGCGACCUGAUGGCCCAUGGGAGGAUCCCACUCGCCUGAAUUCAUCUGAUGCAGGCAUGCCUGGGGGAGGUGGGACUCCACACGCGUUUGAAACGCCACCACACACCAGCACCCUUCCCAGCAUCCACUGA